AUGUCUCAAGCUGUUGGCAACACAGCUUUAGCUUAUGCGAGAAUAUGGCAUUUGGUAGAUGCUAGGCAAAGAAUAUUGGGACGAAUGGCAAGUUCUAUUGCUGUGACUUUAAUGGGUAAACAUAAACCUAUUUAUGAUCCAGCAUCUGAUUGUGGUGACUAUGUGGUGGUAAUAAAUGCAAAGCACGUUACAGUGACUGGUAAAAAAUCAGAUCAAAAGAUCUAUCGACAUCAUACAGGAUAUCCAGGUGGAUUGAAGGAAAUACCUUAUAAAGACUUGUUAAGAAAAACACCUGAAGAGAUUAUUAGAAAAGCAGUAUCAGGAAUGUUACCAAAAAAUAGAUUGAGGGAUAUUCGACUCAGUAGAUUAAAGGUUUUUCCAGAAUCCAAACAUUCGUAUGAAAAGAAUAUUAUAAAAAGAUAUGACCAAGAAACAAUGUUAUUGGAUGGUAAUAAUGAUCAUUUUUCAAAGAUUUAUAGAAAAGAAUUGAGGAACAAAGAAAGAAGAAUUAGAAGAUUAGAAACAAAAGAGAAAGCCAACACCAUCAAAAACACCAACACAACAAAUUCUUCCUAUCAAAACAAAAUUAAAUAA